GAAACAGGAGGAAUGUGAGGUGAAGCCUUGUAAGUUGGGACACUGAGCCCAGAUCUGCCUCUGCCUUGGGAGUGGAACCUUAUUGCAAGACAAGCCAAGAACCGCUGGACCACCAGAGCCACCUAGGAUGGAACCUGCAAUCGAGAUUAGCAUCUAAACAGCUACUCCUGUCCAAACUAGGGGGCGAAGGGCUUGGAAAGUAGAAAAUGCUAGGUCUGAGCAAAGCGAGAGGAGAGAACAAGACCAGUAACACACAGAGCUCUGUGUAUUCAGAGGGAAGUUGGCAGGGUUGUGCCCGGGCAGAGAAACUCCGAGUGGUACAAAGGGACGUGCCCGGAGUGGAGAAAUCAUGCUAAUUGUGUGCGCCAGAGCUGGAGAACGCCACCGAAAAUGAAGAGAGAAAGGGGAACCCUGUCAAGAGCCUCCAGGGCCCUGCGCCUCUCUCCUUUUGUCUACCUGCUUCUCAUCCAGCCAGUCCCCUUGGAGGGGGUGAACAUCACCAGCCCAGUACGUCUGAUCCACGGCACAGUGGGGAAGUCGGCCCUGCUUUCCGUGCAGUACAGUAGCACCAGCAGCGACAAGCCCGUGGUGAAGUGGCAGCUGAAGCGUGACAAGCCAGUGACCGUGGUGCAGUCUAUAGGCACAGAGGUCAUUGGCACUCUGCGGCCUGACUAUCGAGACCGCAUCCGGCUCUUUGAAAAUGGCUCCUUGCUUCUCAGCGACCUGCAGCUGGCGGAUGAGGGAACCUAUGAAGUGGAGAUCUCCAUCACUGAUGAUACCUUCACUGGGGAGAAGACCAUCAACCUCACUGUGGACGUGCCCAUUUCAAGGCCGCAGGUGUUAGUGGCUUCAACCACUGUGCUGGAGCUUAGUGAGGCCUUCACCCUCAACUGCUCCCAUGAGAAUGGCACCAAGCCUAGCUACACCUGGCUGAAGGAUGGCAAACCCCUCCUCAAUGACUCCCGAAUGCUCCUGUCCCCUGACCAAAAGGUGCUCACCAUCACCCGAGUGCUCAUGGAAGAUGAUGACCUGUACAGCUGUGUGGUGGAGAACCCUAUCAGCCAGGUCCGCAGCUUGCCUGUCAAGAUCACCGUGUAUAGAAGAAGCUCCCUCUAUAUCAUCCUGUCUACAGGAGGCAUCUUCCUCCUUGUGACCCUGGUGACAGUCUGUGCCUGCUGGAAACCCUCAAAAAAGUCUAGGAAGAAGAGGAAGUUGGAGAAACAAAACUCUUUGGAAUACAUGGACCAGAAUGACGACCGACUAAAAUCAGAAGCAGACACCCUACCCCGAAGUGGAGAACAGGAACGGAAGAACCCAAUGGCACUCUAUAUCCUGAAGGAAAAGGACUCCUCAGAGGCAGAUGAAAAUCCCGCUGCAGAGCCACGGAGCACCACAGAACCCGGCCCUCCUGGCUACUCUGUGUCGCCUCCUGUGCCGGGACGCUCUCCGGGGCUCCCCAUCCGCUCAGCCCGUCGCUACCCGCGCUCCCCAGUGCGCUCCCCCGCCACCGGCCGGACGCACACGUCGCCACCGCGGGCCCCGAGCUCGCCCGGCCACUCACGCAGCUCCUCGCGCUCACUGCGGACUGCUGGCGUGCACCGAAUCCGGGAGCAGGAUGAGGCUGGGCAGGUGGAGAUCAGUGCCUGAGCCUCCUCGGGAGCCCGCUGCGGUUGCCCACGGUGUGCUGUCCGCGGCCGGGUGGAGGCUAAGAAGUCCCGGUGUCUCUGGCCAGGGGUGAGGGGAGAUCGUGGCCGGAUCCCCGCUUAGGGUGCACACGCGUGUGAGCUUGCACAAAUGGGUGGAGCGCUGAUCUUGGUGUUAAACCCGGUUGCAUGUGCGCUGGGUUUACUGGCUGUGUUCUCAGUGGGUAUGAGCUGUGCCCUCUUAGGACUAACUAGAUUAUUAAAUUUCUGGCCCAAUCCCUAAAGAAUUUUAUGGAAACUAACAGUAAUUUUACCCAGUGAGAUGAUCCUAUGAGCCCCCUGGAAGCGUUUAUGCUUCCCAUUCACCUUCCAACCCAAUAUGCCUCCGAUCCCUAAAGUUUGCAAUAGUUUUUCCCCCAACUUACCCCCGAACGCACACUGUCCUAAAACUAAAGACAAAUCUGAUGCUGGUUUCUGGGUGCACAGGACCUGUUCUGAUCACAAAGGAGUCGUUGUCUUAAGGACCUUUUCUGGACACCUGCUUCCCCAUCUCUCCAGGUGGUGAGCAUGAACCCCAGGUGCAUUCCUAAGACCCUGGGAACUUGGGACUAAUAAGGACAAAAAAAUAUCAGGCUCCCAGUGCUUGGUGGCCUCCAGUGGCCACCCCAUAAGUGUGCUGUACUGGUUUUCCUUCCGGUCUGUGUUCAUGAGAAUGUAGGUGGGCUUGUUCCUAUAGAGACUUGCAUGCCCACUCACUGCUCACCCAGCAAACUACACCUGACAUGGAUCUGGUUUUCACCAUUCACGCUCUUCUUCCUGACUGUUGCUAUACAAAACAAGCUUUCAAUCAUCCCAGGAAGGUUGAGAAGCUUCCUUGAGCUGUAAGAAAAAUAAGAUUCUACUCUCCAGAGAAACAUGGAAAGAGGAAGAAGCUUAACAUGCCCCCAACAUGUUAAAGCCACGAUGACCCACCCCCUAGCCUAUUGCUUUUUACCUGCCGUGGUUCUAGAUGCUCAGAACCCAGGACAGUGGACAGAGCCAGCUCCCUUAUCUGUACUAAAGUCAGAAGACAAAGAGGCUGGGCCAAUCCUAAGCUAUCACCUCUUCGUGCUUUUUAAAAAAAAAAAAAAAAAAAAAAAAAAAAAAAGGAAAUAGUGUACCUGUAUGAAAGACAAGAAGAUGCUGAUGCCCCUGAUGCCCCCAGGUACCCUUUCGUCUCUUGUCCCUCCUCAACUUCUAACCUGCAUCUUUGUUUCUGCAUCAUCUCAUGAACAACUUCCAAGAAGACCCCGUAUCCAUUACCUCCACACCAAAACACACUUUGCCCCAGCCCUGCAAGCACCAAGAUUUCUAGUUUGCCUGCAUCCCCUCACCCCACCAGUAUGAUUCUCAGUUCCCCCAUCCUGAUGUCCUUCUACCUGCUCAUGGGGCAGGUGUGUCUGCAGCUCUCCUUACUUAGCCAGAACCCACAAUCCAUUAACGUUCCCAGGUGCCUCAUCCACCAUAAAAUAGUGCACGUAGGUGUUAGCGCAGGCAGGUUAGGAGAAGUAAGACGUGGAGGACAACCUGUUGCUCAGCCUUGAGAUACAGGAGUGAGGGAUAGGGUGCAGUGAGAGCAUGCCACACCCUGGUGCUGAAUCCCAGCCGCCCUGGCUUCCCAGAUUCAAGCCAAAUUUGCCUUAAAUCGGGGGUAAGUAAGGAAGUGUUUUUUUUUUUUUUUAAUUUUUGUUUUGCUUUGUUUUGAUCUUCAUCUUUGUAUUCACUUGGCAUCUAGCAGAGUGCAUAGCACGAGCUGGAUGCUCAAUAAACUUUUGAUGAAAUCAGAUAAUUUUAUUUCCACAUAAGCAAACAGAACAGAUGAACAACCUGAAUGUAGACGUUAUCUCCUUUUUCUUUCUCUUUCUCUUUUACUUUCCUUUACUGCCUUAGCUUUCUUUCCAUAUUGCACAUCAUCCAUUCACAAGCCAUCACACCCAUUCAUUCAUUCGUUUAUGUGUUCUCUUAGUUACUAAACAUUCAUUUGUGUACCAUUGACUAUAUGUCAGACACAGGAUAAAGAUGUAAUUAUGUUGCAACUUCUACUCAGAAAACAAUCUCACAGAGGAAGACAGUAAGUGAACAGAUUAUUAUAGUACAAUGUGUAAGAGCAAUAACAGAAAUAGAUACAAUUUAAGGUAUUCAGGGAACAAAAAUCAGGGGUUACAAAAGGACACAUUCCAAGGAGAAGGAGAAGCAUGUACAAAAAGUCUUGUGGGGGCAAUACACAUAGGGAAUUGAGAAUACUGAGUCCUUGAUGUGGGUGAAGCAUACAGGAGAAUGUGUAGGGUAGGAAGUGAGGGAAGCUCAGUAGGCCUCUGGGAGCUCAGAUGCUGUAUUUUGUGGAGAAAGAUGGGUUGAAGUAUAGGUGGAAAGGCCAUCACACAGCCAAAGAAGGGGCUUUCAAGAAUGAUGAGACAGAUGUGACAGUGUGUGUCUAUAAUCUCAGUGCUUGGAUAGCUGAACCAGGAGGACCUCAAGGUCAAGACCAGUUGAAGCCCAAGGUGAUGCCCUGUCUCAAAGAAACCAAAGGGGUAGAGUGGGGUGAUAGAGCAGCCAGGACCUUAGAGGACUUCAAGUAUGAAAAAGAAUUCAAAGUAAAGAUUAGGGGUUGACGUGUAGCUCUAUGAUAUGGUGCUUGCCUAGCGUUUAAUCCCUAGGAAAGAAGAUAAGUCCCUAAAUUUAAUCCUCAGGAAAGAAGAAAAAAGAAUCAUAAAAGAAAAAAAAAACACAUUAAAUUUGGCAACAAGGGUGCAUAAGGAGUGCUAGUCGUUGUGAGCAGGAGUUAAAGACAGAUUGCAGUAGGUGAGUCAUGACUAACCCAGCUGAGACUGGAUACUUGAGUAUCCAACUUUUGGGUAUUCCAAAGUUCUUCCUGUUUCAGAACAGCCUGAUCCUCCCUGAGUGCACUAUAUUUAGUUUAUAUUACUAGGAGAAGUUUCCAGGGAACCGGCAACAAAAUAAAAUCCAGACAAAUCCAGAGUGCUUUAGUACUAAUAAAAUAGAAA